UCACGUGGAGUCGUGCGUGCUGCAAGCGAACGCGUAGCACGUCUUCUUUAAACGCACAACUCGCGAAUGUUUUUGCAGUGGAAGCAGCGAAAUCUCCCGUGCAUCACGCCAUAGACGUUGUUUCUUCGGGUGCAACUUGCAGCGCCAUGGAUUCGAUUCACGAACCCGAGAACCGGCCUUGGAUCGGCGAGGUGAUGUCACCGGUAGACUUCAAGAGAAAGUGGACGGACGCUUUGAAAAACGAGCAACAAGCCGACGAUCAGAAAAUGCGAGAAGCUCUCAUGAAAAUUAUGAACGUGCCAGAUGCGGUGUUAAAAACUAUAGAGGCUGACUGCAGCCCAUCUACUCUGUGUUGUGGAGAAGAAAGCAUGGAUACAGCAAAGCUCCCUAACCAUGAUGAUCUUGUUACCUUGAGGCUGCAAAGACAGGACCUUGAGAAGCGAAAAUCUGACGAAGCGUAUCGCAUGAAGAUGUUCCAUCACUUUCGCAAGAUUUGCUUCCUUUCAAAAGUGAACUGUACAAAACGGGGAGGUCUGGUGAAAUUCCAAAAAGAAGACCGUGCUCCUAGCAACGAGGUGGUACUGAUAGUACAGGUCUUCAAGCCCAUCAAAAUGCCUGUAGGAAUGAGGAAAGUGCGCUUGGGUGCUCAGAACUUUUCUUUCAAGAUUCAAGUUGAGCUGGCAAUGCUCAGUUCCCAGUCAUUGCGCAGCUUGCGUGAAAAAAUUACUUGCAUAUCAGAUGCUGCUAUCGUUGGAGACUUCAGUGAAAACCCAGACAGAACAUCAGACCAACGAGCUAUUGAGCUGUACAAGUCGGGCUUUUUUUACAUAGGAAACACAUUCUACAACGACAUGAGCGACCCAUCAUGCAGAGACUACAGCGAAGUGAUAAUAAAAUGGGCUAAGGACCCCAGACGAGAAAUAGGCCCCUUUAAUGUCGCGGACAUGGAAGACACCAAACUUUCAGACCUGGAGCUGCGUCUGGGAUACCCCUACGUCUACGUCCACCAGGGAUACUGUGAACACCUGGUGGUCUUCUCCGACAUGAGGAUGCUUCAUCCGCACGACAGCCAAUGCAUAUCGGACUACCCCAUAGCAUUGAAAACCUUCCCGUGUGGCAAGAGGGUGUUCUGCAUGCUCUGCCACCAGAAUACAGCCAAGUGGGUGACAUACGAGAACGAGCGCGUCCUCUGCGACCCAUACUUUUUCUGCGACGCCUGUUUUCGGUCGUACAACUACACUGCCAACCAUAAGAAGAUUGGCAAAUUUCGUGCGGCCCCUUUCCUGGACUGGAAUACAGUGAUCUGAUGUGUACUAGUCUUUUUUUUCUUUUUCUUGAAUGUGGAACUAUGUGUCGCACUGUAGGAAUAUGUGCUCCAAUAAUAAAUCGUGUAUAA